AUGCAAACAUAAAAAAGAAAACAAAACACUUAUGUAAAUCAUGAUUCUUCCUAUGAUUUCGGAUGGCUCUUAAAUUUUACAGAUGCAUUCUCCAAGUUUGAGUUGCAAUAAUCGAAUAUGAAGCCUCUACCGAAAGCUCUUGUUCAAAAUGACUAUCUAUUGUAAAAUGAGAUUUACACAUACAAUUUAGAAUUGGAAAAAUUUGUAUUGCAGAAAAUGGAAUUAUAUCCUAAUAUGAUUAUCUAGGAUUAAUAGUUUUUAAUUCUUUCAACAUGUUCAAUCUAAAAGACAAGAAUUGAAUAUCGCGAAUUUAGUGCUUAAGGUUUAAAACUAAGUAAUCAACUAGGAUAAACUUAUUUGUUCUUUACUACAUUAAAAGAUUUAACCAAUGUAAAGAAUUUAAGUACAUUUAGUGGACUAAAUAUGCUAAGAAAUUUUGUAAAUUGUCCAAUUUUCUAUAAAAAUUCACAAUUAAAGAGAGAACUAAUGUCCCAAAUGUUUUUGCUUGUGUUAAAAAUAAGAAUAAUUCUGUUUACACAGUAAAUAUUUUUAGAUUGCAAGACUUUGACAAAAAUCCUUCUCUUUACGAAUAAUUAAUGAAUGAAGUUAACAUUUUGAUGAGUUUAAAACAUCCUUGCUUACUUAAAUAUUGUUCUUUGUAUGAAGAUUAGCAGCAUUUAUACAUAUUAUAUGAUUAUUGGGUUGGAGAUCCCUUAUAUAAAUUACUUGAAUAAGGUUUAGUUAUGAAUUCCAUUCAAAUAUCUAGCAUAGUGUUUCAACUGAUAAAAUUUGCAAAAUUUCUACAUAAACAAAAUUUAUAUCAUGCUUAAAUAACACCUCAGAAUAUUAUUCUCUUGAGAAAUGCUUCUUUAGAUCAGUUGCAAAUAGUGUUGAUUAAUUUUGCUUACAGAGAAGAAAUAGGAGUUGCUUAACUUAUUAAAAAAUUACCUAAGUAAUGGGUACCUCCAGAGAUGCAAUUAUGCAAUGUUUAGUUUCCACAAAAAAUUGAUUAAUUCCAAAUAGGUUGCACCCUAUUCUAUCUUUGUGUCUAUAAACCUAUUAUUAAAGGGAGUUGCUAAUCCUUUAACAAAUCUAUUGAAAAUCUUGAUAUCUCCUUUCUAAGGUUGAGAUAAGAAUCGGCUUUAUCCGAGAAAUCUAUUUUGAGUCUAUCUUAAAUUGAUCUAUUAUAAUAUUUAAUCCAGCCAGAUCCUCUUAAGCGAAAGGAGUUGUCAGAUUUGAGUAAUCAUCAUUGGUUUGUUAAUGAAAAAGCAAAAUUUAAACAGAUUGGAAAAUAAAAACUUUUACCUAGUCUAAGAACAAUUUUGGAAAUAAGAGAAUAGAGCUCAAUGGAAGUGAAAUUAACAAGAGUUAAUUAAAGAUUAAGUAUUACAAGUAUAGAAUCUGAUGAUGAUGAAGAAUUAAGCUUAUAGGAUCUCAAUUGUUCAGAGGAUAAUCAAUUAACUGAUUUUAUAUCAAUUUUAAAUUCGUAGAACUUAAGUGUUCAUAAAUGCUGA